AUGGAUCCUAAAGCUGCCCGUGAGCACAAAGCCCCACCCGAGUUCUUCUCGUACGAAAGCCGUGAUGCCAUCAUUUACGCUCUUGGAAUUGGAAACAGGGCCAGAGAAGACCUUCGUUAUGUUUAUGAGAAUGAUGAAUCUUUCGCUCCCUACCCAACAUAUGUUGUUGCUCCCGGCUUGCUCUCUCUGAAUAUUAUGUCAUGGCCAGGUAUUGAGUUUGAUUUGAGUCGUAUUCUUCACGGCGAACAGUAUAUUGAAAUCUUUGAAAGCUUACCAGCUAGUGGAAAGUUGCGCUCAGAAACUCGCGUGGUUGAUCUGCUUGAUAAGGGUUCAGGAGCUUUGAUCCUUUCCGAAGUGAUCACUUACGAUGACGCCACUAAUAAAAAACUCUCCCGCCAAUUGGUGAGUACUUUCCAGGUUGGCGGAGGUGGUUUUGGGGGUAACAGAAGUCAUCCCGAUGAAGUUCAACCCGCAAAAAUACCUGAAAGUGCACCGGAUGCUGUUGUGGAGGAAGUUACAAAUGAAGACCAAGCAACUCUGUACCGAAUGGGAAGUUUGGACUUGAAUCCUCUCCAUGUUGAUCCAGAGUUCGCAACAAUGUCUGGCUUCAAGCAACCCAUUCUUCAUGGGUUGUGUUCUAUGGGUUUUGCAACAAGACACAUCAUAAAAACUUGGACGGACAAUGAUGCUUCUAAGCUUCAGAAGAUUAAAGUCCGAUUCUCUGCACCUGUUCUUCCUGGCCAGACAUUACGAACGGAAAUGUGGAAAAAUGGAAAUAAAAUUAUUUUCCAGACCAAGGUGAAAGAGACUGACAAGGUUGUCAUCGCUAACGGAUGGAUGGAAUUGAAAGAACCAUCGGAGAAGCCAACAAUUAUUGAGCGUUUAGCUGCCAAACUAUAA